UCCGUCCUUCUUUUCUUGUCUCAUUGCUUCCCGAAUCAACGUGAAAAACAUUGGCACGUACAAUCAACCGGUUGCUUCAGCUCGGAGUCAGGUGGAACCCAGCAACGCCCAGCUCAAUUCCCAAUCUCCCAAUUGAACUCACCAUGAAACACGUGCAGCCAAGAGUUAUUAAAGUCGGCACAACAUGCUAUGUGACGACCACGGACAACAAGACAGUCCUCAAGGGCCAUCAGGUAUGGUGUGGCGGAAACCUCGUAUUUGACUACGGAGAAUCCUGCGAGGAGCGACUGGCACGGGAAGCCACCAUCUACAAGCACCUCGGGCGGCACCACCAGAUUCUGGAGUGCUUCGGUCUCCAAGAGGUGCAUCCGGGAAUCCACUCACUCCGUCUCGAAAUGGCACCCUUGGGAUCCCUGCGCACAUUCAUACGCCAGACGGCCAAAAACCCCCCUACCCUGCUGUCCCGCCUCCGGAUGGCGCUCGACGUGGCUACAGGCCUGGGCUACUUGCACUCGCGGGGCGUCAUGGCGUGCGAUUUGUCAGCUACGAAUAUCUUUGUCUUCGACGAACUCAGAGUGAAGCUCGGGGAUUUCGGGGGCGCUCUGCUCGAGGGAGCCGACUUUGAGUGGGAUCAGACACACGAGACUCGCUAUCACUUGCCUGCGCGGGGCAGGGCGUACGACGAGGUGCCGAUCAUGAAGAGGGAGCUAUUUAGCCUUGGGUCGGCCAUGUAUGAGAUUAUUGCAUGGGAGAGACCGUUUGCUGAUCUGGAAGACAACGAAGUAGAUGCUAGGUAUGCCCGGGAUGAAUUUCCAUCACUGGACGGCAACGUGGCUGCACAGAUCAUCCGGAAUUGCUGGGACGAGGUUUAUGCAACGGCGCAGAAAGUUAUUGCGGAUUUGAAGGCUUUGAAGGCUAACUUCCACGAGGAGCUACCAGCCUGCCCUCAACCUACCGGUAGCAUUCUCUCCCCGUGUUUGUGCUCCAAACCAUCCAAGAUGGCCGUGAAAUUGCCCCAGCAUUCCUGAAGCUGCAUCACCUCCGCGCAUUCCCCCGUAACAGUGAUUACGAUCUUCGACGGCUGGUCGUCGGACUCCGGCAGUAUGAGCCACGCAGAACCAUCAGCAAAGCUAGCAGCCACGACAGCCAAGAUGUGAAAACACUCAGGCUAGAGAAUUGGUUCCCGUU